UUCUUGUGGUGGUAUCAUUAUUCUGUUUGCGUAUAAAUUAUGAAAGUUUAAACAUUUUCUUGAAGACCAGAAAGUUAUUUUUUUUCAAUUAAAUGAAUUAAUUGACUUUUUAUGAUUUUCUUUACGUAAACCGCAUGUGAUUUUAUAAUUACAUACAGUAAUAAGAAGACGCGAUGAAAGUUCGCGUUUUUGUAGGUUACACGAAAAUUUCUUAUUCAUGCGUUCAUGCGUUUUUGUGUAAUUAUAUUAUAAGUAUAUCACUAUUAAAGUAUAUUUAUUCUCUUAUUUUAUUUUACUUUUUACUUUUUAGAUUUUUAGUUCUUUUUUUUAUUUUAUUUUUUACUUUUUGUUUCCUUAAAUUUUUUAGAUAACCAUAAUUACCUUGCAAGUUGCAAGUAACAUUUCUUCUUUAUCUUUGUUAUUUAAUAUUUCACACUGUGUGAUAAUGGAUACUUCUUGUUGUGAUAUCAUUAUUCUGUUUGCUUAUAAAUUAUGAAAGUUUAUUUUCUUGAAAAGAACAGAAGACCAGGAUAUUCUAAGAUAUGCACGUAAUACGGAGCACAAAUCACUGUUCUCUAAUGUUGAGAGGAACCCGAUAUUAUAGAAGAUCAACACAUAUUUUCGUGGAAAAAUACAAUCGAAAGUCUUUUUGCUGACAAAU